CUGCGCAUUGUUUAAAAUAUCAGACAUUGACAUACAAGAAAUGGCGGAAGAUUGCAGGUCCAUUGUUAUAAACUGAUAUCUUCCUUGAUUGAUCGUCAUAAAAGCAAAUUCCAAAUAGUCAAAAUUAUUAUAAACUAAAAAUAUACUGAGAGGAGUAAAAUCUUGCCAAAAUGAAUUACCAGAAGGUUUAUAUGAACCAGAUACACUCAAGUUCAUUAUUAUGUCAGUUAGCUCAGAUGUGGAGGAGCCAGCUAGUCUGUGAUGCUUACAUAAGGACAGGAACUGUCACAACAAAGGCCCACCGGGUUGUGUUACUUGCAGCAUGUCCAAUGUUACAAUCCAUGGAAAAAGCAUCUAUUGGUUCUCACUUGGAGGUACGACUGACAGCAGACAUCAAACAGGAAGCAGUUAAUAUGUUCUUACAGUACCUGUAUGAAGGUUUCAUGUUGCUCACGGAAGAAAAUUGUAAAGAUGUUGAAAAAGUAGCAAGACUUUUGCAAGUGGAUAGUGUAAUCAAAUGUUGUGCAGACUUUUAUAAAUGUUUAGAAUCAAAAACAGGGAACAAUAUGUAUUCCAAUUCAAAGUACAAAUAUUCAUCUUAUGACAUGUUAGAAUUCCGCCAUGUAAGAGCAACUGACCUGCAGAAGACAGUUCAAGAUCGUCUUAUGAAAAGAGCUUCAGAAAUGGGUAGACCAUUAAGCCCAUCAAGUAAAAAACAAAGACUUUACAGAGCUUCAACACCACCAUCAGAAUCAUCACAGUCAAGCUUUAGCCAAAGAGCAGAUGAUACAUUCAGCAUGUCUCACAGCUAUGGUUCAGGUCAACAAGAACCAUGGGAUAGAGUACCAAGACCUGGAGCAAAUGCUGCUUCUAUGUCAAGAGGUCAGAGUCAAAGGUUUCAACAGCCAAGUGUCAUUGAUAUUGUAGAAGACAGCAUUGAACUUAUUCAUGUUGAUCCAGGGGAUGGCAGUAGUCACCAGCCACCAUCACAAAAAGGUGUCACAGUGUCUGUGGCUAGUCAGUUGGAUAGUGGGCCUCCAAAUAUUAGCAUUGUUAGUGUAACAGGAAAUACUGGACCUCCACAUGGUCCAUCUCCAAAUCAAGGACAUUCACAGAGACAAACAAGUGGUCCUUCAUAUUCUUCGCCACAUGUUCCGUCGUCAUCAUCAUAUACACCUCGUCAUUCAUCAGUCAGUUCAUCACCGUCACAGUCCAAAGCAUCUGAUCGCGCCAUCAUUUCAUUAACAGAUCCACAAAUAUCACAAAUAACUCGAGAAGUCACUCAUCAGUUACAACAACAAGAACAUAGUGCCUCAUCUGCCCGACCUCCACAAUUACAGUUAGCCCCCGGCCUCACAUCACCACAUGAUACAUUGUCACAACAAAGACCACCUCAUUUUCCUUUCACUGAAAGACUACAGCAGACUGCAAGCAAACCAUUUGCUGCUGGUAGUGCAAGACAAGUAGGUCCACCACAGAUGCCAAACCUUCACAGUGGGUCUUCCUCAACAGGGUCGCCUUCCACUUUACGACCAGAUAGAUCACCUUCAUUAAGUGGUAGAAGUGAUAGCAUGGAUAGACCUCCCAGUGUUGAGGCCAGCAAGGACAGUUCAAAACAAAAAGGUGAAGAUUCAUCCACAGCAAGUUCAUCAGAUUUAAUGGCCGACAUAACAAUAAUCAAAGUAGAAUCUGGUGAUGAGACAACAUCCAAAGAACACAAGGACAGUGGUCAACCGGGUCAGUCCUCAGACGGUGUUAUUCACUCCACAGAUUCUGGUCUGUUGAGUGGGGAUACAACUGGUGGUCUGGAUAUGCAUGUAGAUGCUCCAGAUGAUGGCGGAACAAUGACAAUGCAAAUACAAAGGAAUGAUGACGGAAUGGGACAAGAAGGAGAUAGUGAUAUCGAGGAACUGGAAGCGACUGGAGAAUGGCCACAUGAUAGUAACGAUGAUAGUAGUUUAAGCAAUGAUCCAAAUAACCCACUUGGAGGAUUUAGAGGUACAAAUCGUAAAAGAGGACCAGUGGAUUCAGAACAGUAUAAAACGGUAGUCGAUAUGGAUAGGCAAAAUUUUCAGCCAACUGCUGAAGGCGAUACGAGUCCUAUGAAGAGUGGACUUCCGAUUUCCAGUGAAGGAAGAUUUACUUUGAGUUUACCCGAUAUUUCUCGUCCGCCACCACCUCUGCCAAGUAGUCUUGAAAGUUCUCCUAACUUCAUGGAGUUUCAGCCACGACCAAGGUAUUUCCAAUCUUCGUCAAGUAUUGCUCAUGGUAAACCUUUUCAGAUUCCACCACAACCUUCUCAAUUCCCUGUGCAUACACAAAGGAUUGCACAUAAAGAGCAAUUUCAACAUAAAACUGGCAUAUCUACACAUACAGUGAUUGCAGAAAAAGUACGUCACACGAAUGAUCCAUUGGUCGCCCAAGACAGUGCAGGUUCUUCAGCACCAGUAGUUUUUAAGAAGCAGGCGAUAAUAUUAAAGGGAAUCGAUGACUUACCAGGUCAUAAAAUUGUCCCCAAUCAUGUCAAGAAUGGCACAAGAUGCGUAUAUUGUCAAGUCCAUAGAAUAAAAACGCCAUCUGGAUGGAGAGUUAAAACAAAUUAUAAAUGUGAAACUUGUGAUGUGGCUCUUUGUGCGAGCGAGGUAACCGAGCGGAAUUGCUUCCAUUUACAUCAUAUUGAAAUGUUUGGUGAGCAGAUUUUAGGCGAUAAAGCGUAGUAGAUGAUGAGUGAUGAUGUUUGACUAGCAUAAUGAAACUGUAUCCCCAAAGAUUUAUAGAGGAGAGGCUAUUAAUGUGUAUAUACUAGGACUUGUAGAUAUUAGUUUUGAUAUGGUUUAUAUGCAACCAGAAACUUAGUGUAAAAUAUGACAUAGCACGUAGGAAUCCAUCAGCAUAUAUGAAAUAGAGAGAUUUACAAGUGCAUGCGUACGGUCGUCCAUCCUUUAAUUCGGAGAAAAACAAGUCAUAUUUAAAAUGAUUUAUAUUAUGAGUUCAUAACGACGAAUGAUUUUAUAGAAACGUAUAGAGCAUUUGAAAAAGGCUCUAUAUUGGUUAUUUAUGUUUUUUCUACAAAAUUGGGAAUUCUUAGCUUGCCACAAAACGAGUUUUUGGUGAAUAAUAGUAAUAAUACUUUAUUCAAAAGCAAUACAGCUUAUAGAAUAUACAUUUUUACAUCAAAUUUUUAAAUGCAUCAGUGUAAUAUUAAUAACAAUAAUUAUACAAAAUACACAUAUGGCGAAUAAUGCAACAUGCGAGUAUAUAAAUGUUGAUUUGGGGUUGCUAUAAGGCAAAACUUAGUAUUUUAUAAUUCGAUUAUUGGGAAGGCAAGUUUCCAUAGCAAGCAUUGGAACUCCGACUUCUGCUAUUGUUAAACUGAAAGGGUUCACAAUCCCUCAAUUUCAAUACUCAAUAUAUUUUAGUUAUACAAAAAUUAUUUGAAUGAUUUUAGCUCCCGCUGUGUGUUUUAUGAGUUGGCAUAUGUGAUGUUUAUAUAUAUACUGAUGGUUUUCCUUUAAUAUGGUGUAAACUAUUGUUAAUGUGGUGUGAACUAUUGAAGGUAUUCACUACAGACACAUGUAGCAAUGGGUUUCCUAUGAUAUGGUGUGAACUUUUGAAGGUAUUCGCUUCAGAAACAUGACGAGACUAAUAGAAACCAUAAUGUAAAUAUUUUAUUAUAAUUCUGUUGAUGUGUGGGAUUACAUUGGAUAUGGAUACAUUUAUUCUAGUUAUUUUUCUGUAAAACAAUGUUAUGUAUUUCUUUUUAUCAAAAAAAUUAAUGCUUGCUUAGAUAUGUACCCAUUAUAAUCUUAAUUUGUUCCAAGUAUGAUGAUAAUACUGAAUUUGAAUUGAAAAAUAAGAUUUAUACUGAAUUUCAAACGGGAUGAUUUUAGUGAGUCUAGUAUUUUAAUUCUGACUGAUUUUGUUGAGGUUUAUUUUCUUUUUAUUUGAUGGCUUUAAUAAAAUUUAUUCCAUGGAA